AUGAAAGUAUCAAUCUUCGUCCUCUUGUUCGCUCUCUUCGCCUGCCUCGCAAUUGCAGCACCAGUACCACCAGCAGGUACUGCAUAUAAUAAUUUUAAGGUUACCGGUCCAAACGGAACAUUCAAACAAUGGAGUCAGCAAGGAGUUACAUGGAACGUUGACUGGAAUGAACCUGGGGCUUAUUCGGGCAACAAGCAAGUACAUGUCGUCAUCGUUGGUACCAACAACUUUUGGAAAUAUAUUGGAAAGUUCAGCUAUGGCGGUGGCUACGCUCAAUUCACCCUUGACGGAUCAUUCACUCCCGGAAGAUGGUAUUAUCCUUAUGUGUACCGUGAUGAUGAUAGCAACAAGGCUGCUACUGGUAACUGGUUCGGCGUAAACUAA